AUGGGACAAAAUACAACAGAUACUGUUGAUGAUAAUAAUGAGUUCAAAGUAGGGGUUGUUCUCGAUUUUGAUAGCUUAGUAUCAAAGAUUGGGUUGACAUCCAUGUCUAUGGCUCUCUCUGACUUUUAUUCUUCUACAAAUGAUACUCAUAAGAGAAAGCUGGUUCUCCACACUAGAGAUUCCCGUAGGGAUAUUUCUCAUGCAGCUUCUCAAGCUAAUGAUCUGAUAAAAAAUGUUGGAGUUCAAGCAAUCAUAGGACCAUUAACAUCAUUACAAGCUAUUAUCAUGGCUGAUCUCGGAAACAAAGCUCGGGUUCCUGUCAUUUCCUUUACCGCCACAAGUCCUACGGUUUCUACCUCUCGAAACCCUUAUUUCUUUCGAACAACACAAAGCGACUUGGCUCAAGUAAAUGUGAUUUAUGAUUUAGUGAAAACAUUUGGAUGGAGAGAUGUUGUACCCAUAUACGAAGACACGGAGUAUGGAAGAGGAGUCAUACCAUACUUAACCGAUGCAUUCCAAGCCAUCGAUACCAAAGUUCCUUACAGGAGCGUAAUUUCCCCCGCAACUACUGAUGGUGAAAUUCUAAAAGCACUAUACAAAUUGAUGGCAAUGAAGACUAGAGUAUUUGUUGUGCACAUGACACCAUCCCUUGGAAUACGUGUUUUUCAAAAGGCGAAAAUGAUUGGGAUGAUGAGUGAAGGGUAUGCAUGGAUCAUUACAGAUGGGUUAAGUAAUAUCUUGGGCUCUUUCAAUUCUUCUGUUAUUGAUUCUAUGCAGGGAGUCUUGGGCGUAAGGCCAUAUAUUCCUAGGUCAAUAGAGUUUGGCGAAUUUCAAGCUCGAUGGAAAAAGAAGUUCGCACAAUAUAAUCCACAUAUGGAGAACGUCGAACUGAACAUUUUUGGUUUAAGAGCUUAUGAUACAAUUCGGGCACUAGCAAAUGUGUUGGAGAGACUUGAGAUAACAAAUUCAUCAAGCCUGUUGGAACCACAAACAGUAUUUCCCGCUGCGCUGACAACAUCAAGUGUUCCCCAGAUAGGUCCUAUGCUUUUGCAGUUACUUCGCGAGACAAACUUUAAUGGCCUAAGUGGGGAUUUCAAUCUCAUCAACCGGGAAUUGCAAUCGAACGCCUUCCAAAUACUUAAUGUGAUUGGAAACGGGGGUAGAGAAAUUGGCAUUUGGACAACAUCGAAUGGUAUUUUACGUGACUCAGGCAGUUUGAUUACUACUAGAGCUAAAGAUUUCCCGGCGCCUAAAGAUAAUUUGCGCGCUAUUAUAUGGCCUGGAGAAUCUACUGUUGUUCCAAAAGGUUGGGUGUUUCCAGAAGUGGGAAAAAAAUUAAGGAUUGGUGUUCCAGUAAAAGAGGGUUUUACUGAAUUUGUAAGAGUUACAAGGAAUAGUAGUUUCAACAAUUCCACUUAUGUAACUGGAUACUGCAUAGAUGUGUUCAAAGCUGCAUUAGAGAUGCUGCCCUAUCCGGUUCCAUAUGAAUUUGUUCCCUUCGAAAAAGCUGAUGGUACCACUGCCGGAACUUACGAUGACCUAGUAUAUCAAGUUUAUGCACAGAAUUACGACGCUAUAGUUGGAUAUAUAACAAUUAGUGCAAAUAGAUCGGCCUACGUCGAAUUUACAUUACCUUAUACCCCAUCUGGGUUUUCGAUGAUUGUUCCGCUGAAGGAGGGCACGAGCAAUAAUCCAUGGAUAUUAUUUAAGCCUUUGAAUGCACAACUCUGGGGAGUGAGUGUUUUAUUUUUUAUCUUUACCGGGCUAAAGACAGCUACUUAUGUUUCAGAGCAAAGGGUGCACAACGGUAUGGCUAAAGUUGUUGUGGUCAUAUGGGUAUUUGUUUUCCUCAUACUAAGUUCAAGUUACACAGCAAGUUUGACAUCAAUGUUAACAGUUCACCGGCUUGAACCUACUGUCACAGACGUACAUGAACUAAUAAAAAAUCACCAAAAUGUCGGUUACCUAGAUGGAACAUUUAUAUACACGAUGUUGCGGGGCAUGGGAUUUGAGGAGGCUAAUCUGAAACCCUACAUCUCUACUGAAGAUUUAAAGGAAGCUUUCACAGAAUUGAGAAAUAAGGAGGAUCGUAUUGUUGCUGGUUUUGGUGAAGCACCUUAUAACAGACUAUUCCUUGCAAAAUAUUGUCAUCAAUUUGCCUUGGUUGGACCAACUUACAAGACAGAAGGAUUUGGUUUUGUAUUUCCAAGAGGAUCACCUUUGGUCCCUGAUAUUUCAAGAGCAAUCUUAACUGUACGGGAGAGUGACAAAAUUACAAGAAUAGAACAAGCAUGGUUUGGGAACCAACAGAGCUGUGCAGACCCAGCCCCAUGUUUUUCUCAACUAGUCUCAAUUUGGAUAGCUUUGGGUUCUUUUCCUCAUAACAGGAAUUCCAACAGCUUUAGCCCUUCUGGUUGGUCCUGUUCAAGUGGGAUACUCCACUUGUUAGAAAAAAUCAAAGAUUUGUGGGAAAGCUUUCAUCGUAAUAACUCUAGUUUUGUUGAAGUGGCAACAAGCGUAACGCGAUGA